AUGUCUAUGCGAAUUGUAUAAUCUACAAAGAAGAUUCUGGACAUGUCUCAUUCUAGUCAAACAGUCCUAAAUAGCCAAAGGCCUCAGAUGUCUUUGAUGCCAAAGGAAAAGCUUGUUAUAGGAUUAAAUUCAAAACAGGAGAAAAAAAUAAAUAAAAUUGUUAUCAAAUUGGAAGAUCAGAUAAACAAAUCUAUUGUUGAUUAAGUCCAUCUUGAGCAAAGUAAACUGUUACAGGAGGUUUAACAUACAAAAUAGGAUCUAUUGGAAACCAAAAUUUCAAUGGAGAUUACUCACACUCAUUUUGAACUCAAGGUGCCAAAGGUGAUUGUACAACCACAAAUACUUGAGAUUCCAAAAAUCGUUGUACCUUCUAAGAUAAAAAUUGAGGAAGAGGAUAAAUUAAUGACUUAUAAUUAAACCAAUUUGCUGAAGUAAUAAUUGAUUUAGAUUAAAAAAUGCAAUGAACCUAUUCAAUUACUGUUGCAAGAGAACAAUAAACGAAAAAAAUAUUACUCAAGAGCUUAAAGAGAGAAGGAAGAUGUUGUUCAUUGGGGUUAACGGAAAUUACUGAUAAGUGAGAUUUGGUUUUUGACAAAGUAUGGUUGUUUAUCUAGGAAUAUUAUCUAUGCAGGAGCAGCCCCGGGAUUUCACAUCUAAUUUCUAUCUGAUUUAUUUUAAAAUCACAAAUUUUAUUUAUUUGAUCCAAACGACUUUUAAGUUAAAUAGGGACCAAAGAUAACUAUAUACUAACGUUGCUUCACUAACGAAGAAGCCUAAAAAUUUAGGGAAUUGUUUUAGAAUGAUUAUCUAUUCAUUUCAGACAUUCGAACUGCCAAUUUUAAAUGCAUGACCCCAUUGGAAAAUGAGUAAGCAGUACUAGGAGACAAUCAAUUACAAAUGGAAUGGGUCAAAAUCCUCAAACCUUAAAAGGCCAUGUUGAAAUUCCGUUGUGCUUAUCCAACUGAAAUCAAUGAUCCAACUGAAUUCUUUGAAGGGGAAAUCUAUAUCCAAGCCUGGGCCCCAGCAUCAUCCACAGAAACCAGAUUGGUACCUUACGAUUAUGUCAAUACCAUACCCUACGACAAUGUCAAAUAUGAGGAGCAGAUGUUCUAUCAUAAUGAUGUUGUGAGAAAGAAGUAAAAGGGUUCGUUAAGUUGGGAUGACAGAGCAGAAACUGAAGUGUUAAUUGAGUAUUUACGCAAUUCAGGAAUCAAUGAAAAUCAAAUAAUUAAAUAAGUGAAUCUAAUCAAAGAUCUAAUAACAAAAAAGUUGAAUUAUUAAUGA